CUGCCAAUAAGGUGAAGGAGAGAGUGAAUGAAUGUGAUACAAACUGACAGACUGGGGAGUGAUUCAAGUGUGAUCAAGUAAGAGCUGGAAAAAAAAAAACUGAUUCUGAAGGCCAUUUUGGAUCUGCUGCCUGAAGGGAAGAUAAUAUUUGUUAGAGCUUCCUAAUCUCCAGUACUGAUCACUUCAUCAUGGUGGAGUUAUUCAUGGAUCGGGUUCUGGUGAAGAACAACAAGGACCAGGACGAGUUGGACACAGAACAUGAGAUCGUCUUGCGGCUGCAGAACCGAAUCCUGAUGCUCUUCUUUGCAUCUGCUGCAAGUGAGACAUGCCAGGAGUUUGCCCCCACCGUCUCUGACUUUUUCAAACGGCUGACAGAUGAAUUCUAUGUGGAUCGCUCUGCUCAGCUGGUUCUCCUGUACAUUAGUUUGGAUGAGUCAGAGGAACAGCAAGAAAGCUUCCUCAAAGAGCUCCCCAAGAAAAGCCUGUUCCUGGCCUACGAGGACCCCUACAGGAGGGAGCUGGAGGCCAUGUUUAAUGUGGAGGAACUGCCCACAGUGGUGGUGCUGCGUCCCGACUGCUCCAUCCUCAUCCCUAAUGCGGUGGAGGAGAUACUCCGCCUCGGCCCUGACUGCUACCGCAAUUGGCAGGAAGCAGCGGAGCUCAUCGACAGAAACUUCAUGAUCAAUGAUGAUUUUCAGGAGAAGUCCAUGCGCAGCUUCAGCGACCCUGUGAGACGGCUUAAGUACAAGGUGGAAGACGAGAAGAAGAAAAAGAAGAAGAAAAAAGGCAGACGGUGGGGUGGAGGUGGAGGUGGGGAGGAAGGAGGCGAGGCGGAUGGUGGGGCUGAUGACAAGGAAGGAGGAGGGUCACCAUGGUGAUACAGACCAAAAACAAGAGAGCAAGACUGUGGAUUCCCACGAAAGUUGACAUGUUGACAGUAAUUAAAAGCUUUGUCACAGCAUUUCUUCUGGUGCACAGAUAUGUUUAGCCUAACAGAAUACAGAUAUAUCUCAGCCUAUGAAGUCAAAAUAUCACGCUGGCGGAAUUGAGACAAGCUUCGCUGUUCAAAAUGGUAAGCAGCAACUGUGGUCUAGCCAGGCAAAAACGCUCAUUAUAUGGGAUAUACCAACAAACAAUACACGGUAAUGUAAAACACCAAGUAAAGAAACACUGCUAACCAGUGCUGACAUCAGCUUAGAAUUAACUGAAUUCACCAUCUUCAUAUGCUGCCAAGCCUACAAGCAAGAGAAGAUUCUGUCUGAGCCAAGUAUUUCCAUUCGGGGUUGUUUUAAUACACCUGGGAGAUUAGUCGAACCGUUUCUCCAUUUCCAACAACACAGCUCUGUA